AUGAAUAUGAUGCGAAGGUUGAAAAGCAUUGCUUCUGGGAGAACUUCCAUUUCAUCAGAUCCUGUAGGUGAUUGGACCACAAAAAGACCCAAGUUUGAUCAAGACACAGAAGGAACGGUCAAUGAGGAGACAUAUCCUAAUGAGAAAGGCGAAAAAGAUCUGGAGCAGUAUGGAGAUGCAUCCACAGAAAGUGUUGAUUCCAAUGCUCCUACAGCUAGAGCUGAGAAGUCAGGUUUGGAUCAACUUCCAGAGGAAUUAAAUGAAAUGAAAAUUGGAGAUGACAAAGGAAAAAACAACAAUGAGAAGGAUAUGGAAGCAACUAUCGUAAAUGGUAAUGGAACAGAAACAGGUCAACUAAUUACAACUGCUAUUGGUGGUCGAGAUGGACAACCUAAGCGGACAAUCUCAUACAUGGCAGAACGUGUGGUCGGCACUGGUUCUUUUGGUGUUGUUUAUCAGGCCAAGUGCAUUGAAACUGGUGAAUCAGUUGCAAUAAAAAAAGUGUUGCAAGACAAGAGAUAUAAGAAUAGGGAACUGCAGGUUAUGCGCAUACUUGACCAUACAAACGUUCUCAGACUAAAGCAUUGUUUCUAUUCAGCAGCCGAUAAAGAUGAGUUGUACCUUAACCUAGUUUUGGAGUAUGUGCCUGAAACUGUCUACAGAGUUUCCAAGCACUAUAUCAGAAUGCACCAACAUAUGCCUAUCAUUUAUGUGCAACUGUAUACCUACCAGAUAUGCCGGGGUUUAAAUUAUUUGCAUCAUGUGAUUGGAGUCUGUCAUCGGGACGUCAAACCCCAGAAUCUAUUGGUUAAUCCCCAGAGUCAUCACUUAAAGAUAUGUGAUUUUGGGAGUGCAAAGAUGUUGGUGCCUGGCGAACCCAACAUAUCAUACAUAUGCUCGCGGUAUUACAGAGCUCCAGAGCUUAUAUUUGGUGCAACAGAAUACACAACUGCUAUUGACAUUUGGUCUGCUGGUUGUGUUAUGGCUGAGCUUCUUCUAGGACAUCCAAUGUUUCCUGGAGAGAGUGGGGUUGAUCAGCUGGUAGAGAUCAUUAAGAUCUUGGGAACACCAACCAGAGAAGAAAUAAAGUGCAUGAAUCCAAAUUACACUGAAUUUAAGUUUCCUCAGAUAAAAGCACACCCGUGGCAUAAGGUUUUCCACAAGAAGAUGCCGUCAGAAGCAGUGGAUCUAGUGUCAAGGAUGCUUCAGUAUUCACCAAAUCUACGUUGCAAUGCUUUGGAGGCCUGUGCACACCCUUUCUUCGACGAUCUGCGAGACCCCAAUGCAUGCUUGCCUAAUGGGAGACCACUGCCUCCGUUGUUCGAUUUCACUGUUCAAGAACUGGCAGGCUCAUCAGAAGAGUUGCGUCGACGACUCAUUCCCGAGCAUGCAAGAAGUCUCUGCUGUCCAUCCUGCACCAUCAUGAUUAUUCAGCUCAUAGUCAAGGAGAGCCUUAAAACCAUGCAACCUCAUUGUGAAGGAGUGGCAGGUGAUGAUCCCAUGAACGAAGGGCUGCCCGUGGACUAUGUGGAAUUAUCAGAUGAGUAG